AUGCAAAUUCGGCUGGUCUUGGGGAUAGACCAGCCAUCUUUGUCGGCUUCCGACGCCUAUAAAAGAAGCAGUCCGGUCGUCACCCUCCACCUUUCCCCAUCCUCCAUCAGCUAUCGUUUUCAAACUCCACAACCCAUCAGCAUCCAAAAACUCCAGAGCAAUCUUCAGUCCACCAAAACCAAUCAUAAUCAUCUCCAUACGCGACGUGAUCCCAAUACCUUCGAACAACUUGUUCAGGAAGGCAGCCAGAACCCGCGAACCAGACUUCUUCUUUCCACCCCUCUCGAGCCUUCAGUUUUGCGCACCGUCGCAGUCAAGUCAAUCAUCCAGCGCAACCCCUACCGACACGCAAAGGUUGAGCUUGGCUUAUACCUUCUGCUUGACUCGGACCCAAUGCUCGACGGUGAUCUGCCUUCUGCAGGACACCAAUCCUCUUCCUCUACCGGAAACUACUGGCUCGAUUGCGCGGAGUCAGAAACAUCAAUCUCAUUCCAUGAUCCCAAUGAAAUACCUUCCCACCUUUACAACCCUCCGCGUCUGCCCAUGAUGCAAUUGCUCAAGAACUGGUGGCGAUACCGUUAA